AUGGGCUACGCAGUCGAGCAGGCUUCUCGCGUUCCACGCGUGUGGGACGAUGCAGCAGCCACGCCCAUCUCCAGCCUGGACCCCUCCCGCUUUGUCUCGUCGGUGGGUGGCGGAUGGCUGAACGCAACGGCGUACGCGCAAUGGGAGUAUGGCAUGUCGUCGCGCCAAGCCCUCUGGAGUAUGCUCACCGAGAUGCUCGGCGCCGCCGAGGCUGACGCUACCUUUGACUGGCGCACCCUUCCUGCGCGCCGGCUCCCGCUGCCGCUGGCGUACCAGGGAGCCUCGGUGACGUCGCACUCCUUCUUUUCUCCGCUGGCCGAGGCGGCGCUGCACAACGCCUACGCCCUCGCAUCUCUCUACGAGCUGGUCGAGCGACAGCUUCGCUCCAGCCCCGGUGGCGGGCAAGGCCCUGUCCUGCGUCCUCUUCCGGCUGAGACGCGUGAGGGCCUCAUCGAGGGAGCGUGCUCCUCCGAGGACGGCUGCCUCGCGGAGCGCGUCGCUCUCUCGCUCAGCGUCAUCGGCCGGGCUCUGCAGCACUAUGACGAUGUGAGUCAGCGGCACGAGGCGGCGUGCGUGCGUGCGCUAAUGCUGCAGGUGCAGAGUCUGGUCGCUCUCGCCAAUGGCAACACCAGCGCGGCGAUGCGCCUUGUUAGCGAGGCGGCCGCCAUCGAGGAUGGUGCGACUGCUUUGCUGCUGCCCCCGUCGGUGACGCUUCUCUUCCUACCAUCCGCCGCGCUCGAGGGUGCUCUGCGGCUGCUACUGCUCGGACGCAACACCACCGGGCAUGCACCGCAGGCUGCUCGUGCGGCUGUCGCCGCCUUCGAGCGCUGCCUCGCACCUUCCGCCUUCCCGCGAAUGCCGCUCUGCUUGCUCGGGCGAGCGCGCGCCCUCGUCCACGCCGGCGACAAGGAGGGUGCCAGUGCCAGCUACACGCAGCUGUUGCGCGAGAGCGAGUGGGAGGAGGACGAGGCUGAGUGUGGACGGGGGCUGGAGGAGGCGCGCGUGUACACCUCGGCGUCGCCUUCGCAGGGGCUGCUCGCCUUUGCCGCGUCAGAGCAGGCUGAGCCACAAGGGGAAAGGGGCAGCAGCGCCCGGAUCGUCCGCAUGGGGUACCUGGCCUCGUCCUACUACCCCGACGGUAGCACUGCCGCUUGGGGUCAUGACAUGCGGCUUGCAGUCGAGCUGGCUGUGCAAGAGUUCAACGAGGCUGUGUCGCACACGCCCGUGCAGAUGGAGCUGGUCUGUGUCGUCGAGACCAAUGGCAGCGUCGCCGGCUUGAAUGCCACUCUUGCUCGCAUGGUGGACGCGGGCGUUGAUGCAGUUCUGGGCGCGGACUGGUCGCGUGUUGCGGUGGCCGCCGCGGCGUAUCUAGCACCGUAUCGUAUCCCGCUGCUGUCUGCCGGAUCCACCACUUCGGCGCUCGACCAGUCUCCGAACGUGUUCCGCUCCGUCUACUCAGACUCGCGCGCUGCGGCACUGCUUCUAGAGGUGGUGCGCGAGCGCAUUGUGUACGGCGGCGCGACUGACAAGCGGAUCGGCAUACUGGGAUCCCAGGACGCCUUUGGUCUUUCGGGCGUAGAUGUUGUCAAGGCGUCGGCGCGGCGCGCCGGAAUCGACGUGUCCGCAGUGGCAGCCUUCCCGAGCACCGACCCGACGACUGGCGAACUGAUUGGCGACGGCUGUGCGGUGAAUGCGAGUAACAUCCUUAUUGUGCAGCAAGCGGUCGAGUCCGUGCGGGCCAGCGGAGUGCGCACACUUGUCGUCUCGGCCACGGGUCCCUCAACGCAGUGCAUCUUUGCUGCGGCGGCGGCGCUGGGCAUGACUAGCGAUGCCUCAUACACCUGGCUGGCGACGGAGGAGGUGCACCCGACUGGGGGCUGGACGUCUCCGUGGGGGCGCCGAGUGGCGACAGCCGCGGUCGGAUACGUCACGUACUUGGGACGCCCGUACGAGGGGUCGCCAGCGAUGCGCCACUUCGAGCACCGUUUCCGCGAGGAGCAUGGGCACGCCCCUUCCUCUGCUUCGUGGGCCGGAUACAGCUUCGACCUGGUCGGCCUGGUCUACGAGGCUGCACGGGCUGGCGCCUCUGCUGACGCUGACCGCUCUCUCAUUACCAUGCUACGCACCAUCGAGUAUGACGGUAUCACGGGCCCCAUCAGCUUCCCGGCGGGCUCGAGCUCGCCCCCCACUGCGCGCAUCGGCAUGCUGCAGCUCAACCAGACGGGCACCUUCACGACCGUCGGCGUCACUGAUGGCGUCACCGGCGAGCUAGACUUGUUUCUCGCUCCCUUCUGCAUCCCAUCGCCGGGCUCCGGCCUGGGCCCAUUUCUCGCCGCCAUCCUAAUCGGUGCAGCAGUCGGAGGUGCGGCCGUCGCGAUUGUCACUCGACAGUCCUCCCGGCAGCGGGUGCCGCCGCCGAUCGAGGAGUGCUGCUACGCGCGAAUCUAA